AAUGGCUUGGAACUGUAGCUGAAGUAAAUGCCAUAACUAAAGUAUAAUACUGUUGUGCAGUUAAAGAGGAAGUGUGAUGUUGAGUGAAGCAGGGACAGAGCAGAGGCUGAGGAAUUGGGGAACGGCGAGCAACGAGUUGCGGGAAGUCCCGGAGCAAAGAGGGAAUCAGCUGCAAAUGACUCAAGGGCGAUGUCAACCUUGCAGACUAACAUGAUGUUGGGGGAAUACCAAGCAAAAGAUCAGCUAAUGUGACUAGUGACCAAGAAGAGAAGCGUGACAACAAAAACCAGCCAACGACGCUAGAAUCUGCUCUAUAAAAUGGGCGAAAAUAGAAGAACUGCUCAGUUGUUUCCUCAUAGAAAACCAACGAGCAAGAUCUAGACAGAGAAGGACACUGCAGAUGGCUCAGAGGACCUGAGCUGCAGGUAAGAUGAGAUUCUGCAACAUAAAGAGAUUCAACCUAUGAGCUGUGAAAAGACUGUGGCUUCAAAUUGGAUAUCUGAUUCCAGCUGCUUUUAGUACCCAAACAACUGAGAGAACUUGGUCAGUGGACUCAACAAGCCUGGUUGUUACAAGUCUCAGGCUUCCAGACAUUCUGGACAAAACCCUUUAACACCUUUCUUUAAACUCUUCACACUCUGAAAGCUUCAGUCUUCUGAGACUUAAGACAUCAUUGUUUCUGAUUAUUGAUACUUAAGACAUCAUUGUUUCUGACUGCAGAGACCUGGAACAUCAGUGUUUGUUUACUCAGAGGAAGGAAACUGUGGACUUCAGUGUGCCUUCUGUCCAAGAAAUCAACUUGUUGUCACCUGAAAGACUCAUCAGAGCGGGUGUAUGGAAGAUCCUCCGCCUUUCAAAGGCUCCACAUCAGACUCCCCAGUCUCAGGAUUAGGGAAGAGGUGGGGCUUAUUAAAGGUUUCAAUGGAAAGAGAAAGAAACCUGCUGGGAGUGGAAUCUCCAGCUUUGACUGUUCAGAGCUCGAUGCCACAGACAACAUGUCUCUAGGGACUCAAAGGCCACCUGUGAUAAUGAAACCCAUGUACAGAAACUGCAAAGCUCAUCAGAAAAGGAACUGAGACUUUUUUUCUUCCUGAAUCGUGAAUGCCAGCUUUUUGAAGUGAUGACAACAAUACAACGGUCAGACAUGUGGUACUCCAAGUGGAGGUGGCUUUUAAACCUUGGCGGACUAUUCAUGUACAUAGGAGACAUUUGCACAGACACUGCACUGGCUUUUAGAUAUUUUCAAGAAGCGCAAUAUGUUUGGAGUGGAAUGACUGCACUGUUUAUAAUCACUGGGCUGGUGAUAAACCAGAUCUUCAGCUAUGCCUGGUUCUCAGACAACAUGGAAGAUAAACAAGAACAAGUCAUGAGCUGCAGGUCAAAGGGUCGUCUUUUGGCCCUACAUAUAUUUGGGAUGGGGAUCUUCCUCAGGUAUUACCAUCUGCUGAGGCUAGGAUGCAGGGUAGUCUGGAGAGCAUCAAGUUCAGAUAAUGCAACUGUUCAGAAAAGGCACCAUGAACUGUUCUGCCUGGCUACUGAUCUGAGCAUGUUGAAGCUUUUUGAGUCUUUCUUGGAGAGUGCGCCGCAGCUUCUUUUACAGCUUUACAUAUGGCAAGGCCAUGAUGAGUGGUUCAUCUUACAGUAUCUGUCUCUGGCCUUCUCUUUCUUUAAUCUGGCCUGGUCUUUGGUGGACUAUCGCAGCUGCCUGCGCAGAUCUCUUCCCCACAUCCGAGGAUUGCACUCAGGCCCCGCCACAGUGGUUUACCUCCUCUAUAAACUCUUCACCAUCACCAGUCUAACUCUCAGUUACAGCCUUCUCCUCACCCUCAGUGUGUACACCACAGUAGGCCUCACAGUUUUUUGGCUGCUGGGAACGAUAUGGGCUCACCUGCUUCAAACCAACUUCUGCACAUCCACUGCCCUUGAACUCCUCUACCGGGGCAUCAUAGGAGCCAUCCUGGUUUUUAGCUUUUUCAAUGUGAAAGGACAGAACACCAAACUAGAAAUGAUUAUUUAUUACUUUUCCUGCACUGCUAUCAAUGUCUCAACUCCAUUAAUGUUGUUCUUUUUAAAGCCAGAGAUGAAGGCAAUAAUUUUUUUCUGGUCAGUUAGUGGUUUGAUCUAUGGGGGUUCCUUGCUGGGGCUGGUGUCCCUUGUGUGGUAUUAUCACUUCCUGCAUCCUAAACGGUCUGAUCCAGAUGAGGUGGACGGGCUGGAAAAGGAAACACCGUCAGCGAGGAGGAUAAGGACAUUUAUAAAACCUUGACUGAGAUUUUUCAAGCGAUAGCUUAUAGAAAAGCAUCCCCACAGCACAAUGCGGCCACCACCAUGUAUUACAAUAUGAUGGUAUGUUUAGGGUGUCAGUUUAGAUUAAUUGAGGUUAUGAAUCAAAACCACCAACAGAACCACAUGACUUCUAAAAGUCCAACAUGUAAACACUAUAAAAUAUUAACAAAUGUGUUUUUUGUUGUGUUCAGAGUUCUGGCUCAUUAUAGAUGAAUUUUCAUGUCUAGAAAUAUGUAAAAAGGUGUGAAAGAAAAAAAAGCAAGUUCGGUGCAGCUGCAACCUGCAGCCUACCACCUAAGCCAGGUGGUAGGGGUUUGUUGUGUAACCAGUGGGUUGCUGGUUUGAACUCCUGCUCUGUCCGUCUCAGUUGUUGUAUGAUGUUGGUCAGAGGGCCCGGUGGUGCAGAUCGUAUGGCACCCCCACUUCUUUCAGUCCCUGAACACUGAACACACUAUUCCCACACUGAAACAUAUUGGUGACAGCAUCAUGCUUUGGGGAUGCUAUUCUUCAGCAGGGACACUAAAACUGGUCUUAGUUGAUAGGAAAAUGGAUAGAGCAAAAAAAACAAGGCAACUCUGAGAGAAAGUCUGACCUUUAAGCAAGACGACCCUAAACAUACAGCCAGAACUAUACUGAAAUGGUUCCGACCAAAGCAUAUUCAUACUGUAUGUUAAAACUGUCCUGUCAAAUUUCAGACCUAAAUCCAAAACUGGCAAUACUUGGAAACUGAUCUUCAAAGAUGCUCUGUAUCAAAUCUAACUGAGAUUGAGCUAUUUAGCUAAAACAAAUUGGGCAAGAAUUUCAGUCUCUAGACAUUUGAUGCUGAUAGAGACACAUUAGCUGCUAUAAUUGCAGUCAAAAGUGGGUCUACAAAGUACUGGCGUCAGACAACUAAAUAUAAAUGUAAACAAUGUGUCAUCUUACUUCCACUUCACAAUUAUGCACCACUUCUGUGUUGCUCAUUAUCAUAAAAUUCUAAUAGAAAGCAUAUUUUUUGUGGUUUUAAUGUAACAACAUGUAGAAAGGUUUUAAGGAGCACACUUAUAUUUGCAAGGCACUGUUUCUCUGUUUUUGUAUUUUAAGAGUAUUUUGUGUUUUGUUCGUCUUCUACAGUGUGUGUGUUCUUUACUUCAUACAUUAUAGCACAGUGUUAUCACAGGCUUGUUCCAUUAAGAACCAAAAGCAGCUCAGUGACACUACCUGGAGAUGCCUAUUUUGUUUUUUGAACUGGUGUACACAUCAUCAACACAAGAUGGCGCCCUUAUCACAAUUGACUUUUUCAAUUUUCUCUUUUAUUUCUGAAUUUAAGUUACCAAUCGGACCUGUUAUUACCGUCUUUAUGUGCCUUUUUGUUUGUGUUUUUUUAGAGUUCAACAUUCCUCAAUGCAUUUAAUUUGUAUUGUUAUAUUCUGUUUCUUUACACCUGUUUUUGUAUCAUAUAUUAUUAUUAUAAAGUUGCUCAAAUGAUUCCUAUGGACAGAUUCUUUAACAAAAACUAGGCAUAUUUAGACUUCCACCAUACUCUUCUCAUCUACAAUUUUUCCUGCUUGCAAAACCUUUCUCAAGAUGAUGGAGGCAGGGGAUAUGGGUGAGCAAAGUAGCAAUAAUAAACCAGCGCUAAUUCUGUGUUGACUGCUAAGGUGAUGUGCUGGGGCUGGAGGGGAGGUGGGGGGGUCAUGGUUGUGGACUCUUAAAGAUCACAGCCAUCCUCCCUUCUUCAAAUCCAGCCAGGCUCAUAGCUUUCUGAGCUGUUUACACCAAGGGACUCCACGAACUUUUCCUUUGUUGGUUGCAUUCUGUCUGAAACACUCCAUUAAAUUCAAGCUCCAACAAAUUUAAGUGAGUAAGUUUUGUUUAAGAGGAAAUGAAUCUCUGCCAGGCAGUAAUUUUAUUGUGAAGCAACAGUGGACAUACUGACCCCUGCUUGAGCUCGUUUGCUUUUUAUAUACAGAAAGCAAAGCUAAAGGUUCCAAAACAUUUUUUAACUUAAUUGUGAGCUGUAACCUGUGCAACCCAGCUGACAAUCAAACAAUUUUUUUUAGGAGGAAAAAUGAAAAUCAAAAAACUGUGGUUGCAAACGUGUUCUCAAUCUUUGCAGAAACUCUACUUUUUUUUCCUCUUCAGAAGAUCUCUUUUGAUAAACCCCACAGUGUUUUUUUGGAUUCCGGUCUGGGUUGUAACUGGGCCAUCCAAAAUACUUGAAUCUUCUCAUGAAGCUAUUCUUUUGUUGAUCUGGAUGUAUGAUUUGGGUCGUUGUCAAGCUGAGAGAUGAAGUUCCUCUCCAUCCUUAGCUUUCCAGCAGAAGCCUGAAGGCUCCUUAAAUGUGGCUAUGGGCCUUUUGGCUGCCUAUUUGACCAAUUUGUGUUCAGUAAUUUUGUCAAUUUUGAAAGAACAUCCAGUUCUUGGUAAUCGCACUGUUGUUCCCUUUUUUCACUACUUGAUGAUAAUUUUUCUCCUGAUUGAUGCUUGUUUGACAAUGAGAUCGCCCUGAUGCUUUGAAAACUCUCUGUGGACCAAGGCUUUGCUGUGGGAUGCAACAAAGAAAAUGUCAGGAGAGGUCAACUAGAUUCAGAGGCUCUUUAAACGACUGGUGUCAUCCCUUUUAAUAUGAGCUUGAGUGGUUAGUUCCAAACAUAGCCAGUAAUAUAAGGGUGUGCAUACUUAUACAACCACAUUAUCUUAGUUUUUAUUGUCUGUUUUUUCAUCAAAAAUAUUUUUUCAAUUGAGCUGUAUAGGGUAAAGCUGACAUUAAAGGUGGAAAGAAUUUAAAUAAAAAAAUCCUGGCAUUUUAA